AUGUUUGUUCACACUUUUAUUUAUUUUUCUAUACUUGUUAAAGUUAUAAAUGCUUUACGUAUGAAUGUAUUUACCUCUUAUAUACAUUCUCCUAAUACAUUCUUGAAUAAUAAUAAAUAUAGAAGGAAAUAUAAUUAUAGACUAAAAUUAGUAGACGAAUCAAUUAAAAAUAAUGAACAUAUAAUAAAAUUAACAAAUAGUGCAGAAACAAAAAUUAAACAAUUAGUAAAAGAAAAGGAAGGAGAUCUUUUAAUAUUAAAAUUAUUUGUUCAAAAUGGAGGUUGUAAAGGUUUACAGUAUAAAUUAAAUCCAAUUAAAAAGGAUGAAAUUGAAGAUGAUGAUUAUAUACAACAAUUUGAAAAUUUAAGAUUUAUUUUAUGUAUAGAUGCAACAAGUGUUAUUUAUGUUUUUAAUAAUACCCUAGAUUAUAGCAACGACUUAAUGAAUGGUGGAUUUAAGUUUAUUAAUCCAAAUGCAACUAAAAAGUGUGGUUGUGGAAAAUCAUUUAACAUUUAG